CUUUUUUCUCUUCUUUUCUCCUCGUGAAAGAAGCCACAAGAAAAAGUCCAACAUUAAAAAAAAAACCCUCACUUUGGACUAUAUACUUUUUAACCUGACUGAAAGACUUCUUGUCUCAUGCCUGGGAAUGCACGCGCACACAUUUAAGGAUUAAUGUGGUCAUAACUUUGUGGAUAUAAUAAUCGAUAAAGCCAAAACGUGCUGGAACCGACAGUGAUCCUGGAAAUAGAACAAAGGCAAACUGGUGUGGACCUAAAGGAAAACUGAAGAGACAGCACCACGUUUCCGAGGGACAGCGCUGGUGGCUGAGAGGUGAGGCGUGAACUCAGAUGAGCAAAACCAUGUGGCUUCUCUGCUCCUCCCUGGUUCUACUGGCUGCCAGUCUCGGGUCAUGUGACAUGACACUGGGUCAAGAUGAACAGUGUCCCUUUCUGCAAGUGGAUGAGUGGAGGUUUCCUCAGACGGCCAGGAACAACAUCACCGGCUUUAAUCUGGUGAGGCGAUUCUCCUUGCUCAAGAGUCCAGAUGUCAAGAAGAUCCGCAACCCUCGAGGAAACGUCAUUCUCCGGCUGGGCAAGACUGCACUCCUACACCCUACCGAUCAGGUGUUCCCUCAAAGCCUGCCAGAGGAGUUCACCCUGGUCUUCACCCUGGCACUAAAGAAAGCUGCUCUGAGGGACACCAUCUACCUCUUCCAGAUAUCCAAUGAGGAUGGAUACCCACAGCUCUCUGUAGAUCUCAACGGCCCAGAUGGCACCCUGUCUCUGCGAGCCAAAGCGGCCGACUCGGCAGAAGACCUGAUGACCUAUGUUUUCAGCAGAGAGGGCGUUGAAUCCCUGCUGGACCUUCGCUGGCACAAAGUGGCCUUAAGUGUGCAACGCAAAGCUGUGUCCCUCCACGUGGACUGCAGCUCCAUUGAGACUAAACCUUUGGAGCCCCGAGGAGUUCUGUCCACUGACGGUCACACACUGCUGGCCAUUCGGGCAGCUGAUGCUGGACCUGCACAAAUGGAUGUUCAGCAGGUGAUGUUGUACUGUGACCCCUCACUCGCCAUUCAGGAGGCCUGCUGUGAGAUACCUGGAGCUCGGUGCCCACCGGAUGCUCCCAAGAGCCGCCGCGCUGCUGAGAAUGACCUGUUAGAAAACACGUUUAAUCAGGAUAUUUUUAAAUCCAAGGACGUGGCAGAGAAAUGUGCUGGUUGUUUACUCAUCAAUAGGGAAGAAAAUGUUGUAAAUUUCCGUGGAUCUGCCGGGAUGAAAGGAGAAAAAGGUGACCGGGGUGAUGACUGUUCUGGCUCUCAUUCAGGUCCUUGCACAGGAGGGUCCAAGGGCGAGAAGGGAGAGAAAGGCGAGUCGGCCCUCCCUACCAACUGGGGUGAAGCAGCUGGGUUCAAGGGUGACAAAGGUCAGAAGGGAGAGAUUGGAAUGCAGGGUCUGACUGGAACCCCAGGGAAGGAUGGUCGAAUAGGCUCCAUCUGUGUGGUUGGCCCCAAAGGACAGAAGGGUUCCUCUGGUAAUGUGGGUCCAGAAGGCUUGGCCGGAGAGCCAGGUAGACCUGGACUUCCAGGUCUGCCAGGAGUUGGAAAGCCUGGUCCACCAGGACCUCCUGGUGAAUCAGGUGGUGGAAAAGGGGACAAGGGAGAGAUGGGACACCCAGGAGAAGAUGGACUUCCAGGAGAUCCAGGACCAAGAGGACCAGCAGGGGGUAAAGGAGAGAAGGGUGAUCCAUGUGAGGUGUGUCCUGUGCUGCCUGCAGACAUGGGCGAUACCGUGGUUGUGCAAGGAAAACCUGGUCCCAAAGGAGAGCCUGGAUCAGCAGGAGUAGGAGUCAUAGGGCUGCCUGGGCCUGAAGGUGCACGUGGCAAAGCUGGACAGAAGGGAGAACCAGGAUUCGAUGGUGCCAAAGGAGAAAAGGGGGAGCCUUGUUCUGUAUGUCCCACUCUCGGAGAAAUACCUCCGAACCUCAUCCCUGGUGUCCUGACACAAACUGUGCAACAGAAAGGUGAAAAGGGAAAGCCUGGCAUUGGACAGAAAGGAGAGCAGGGGGAUGAAGGACUUCCUGGAUUACCCGGCUUUAAGGGAGAGAAGGGUAAUGCGGGGAGCAGAGGUGCCGAUGGUAGGACUGGAAAACCUGGACCAAAAGGACCAAGUGGCAAGGAUGGACACAAAGGUGCAAAGGGAGAGCAAGGGCUGCCUGGUCUUAGUCUUCCUGGCCUUAAGGGUGAGAAGGGCGAGUGUGGUGUGUGCCAGCCAUACGAGGUUGGAAGUGGACCUGCCAGUAUCAAAAUGCCUGAGGGAACGAGUGGGAAACCAGGUGAACCAGGCCCUCCAGGACCCCCUGGACCUCCAGGGCUUGGGGCUGAUGGCAAGCAGGGUCUGCCAGGUCUUCCUGGUGCUAAAGGAGACCGGGGUGACCAAGGUGAACAAGGUGAAAAGGGAUUGGACGGAGCUGUUGGAGCUCCUGGAUUGCCUGGACAGCCUGGACGGGAUGGUCUAAUGGGCUUGAAGGGAGAGAAGGGUGAUGCUUGUACCAGCUGCUUGUCUCCGGGAACUGUGGGUGGUGAUGGCAUAACAGCACCAGGACCGAAAGGAGAGAGAGGGGACCCCGGUCCUCCAGGAGAAGGGAAGCCCGGAAAACACGGAAAACCAGGCCUGCCAGGUGUGCAGGGACCCGCCGGUCCCAAGGGAAACAGGGGAGAGCCUGGAGCUGCAGGAGUUGGUCUUCCAGGAGCACAAGGUGAAGAGGGACCUAGAGGGCUCCCAGGACUUUCUGGAUCUCCUGGAGCUAGAGGAGUGCCUGGCUCUGCAGGCCCUGCUGGGGGAAAGGGCUCCAAAGGAGAUGCAGGUCCUCCAGGGCCACAAGGUCCCAUAGGCAUUGGAGUGGCAGGUCCUCCGGGUGAAAAUGGGGCCCCCGGCUCUAAGGGAUCGCCGGGAGCUGACGGCAGACCCGGAGUUGAUGGAGCUAAGGGGGACAAGGGUGAACCUGGAGAGUGCAACUGCCUAAUACCAGUGCAGAAUGGUAUAGGCGGACCUGGAGCUCCAGGAACUCCAGGAAACAUGUGGCAGCCUGGGCCUCAGGGACCUCCUGGACCUCCUGGACCUCCUGGUCCCCCUGGACCUCAAGGUGUUAUUGGAAUACAAGGACCUCAGGGUAUCCCUGGAAAGGACGGGAUACCAGGGAAACCGGGUUUGCCAGGAUACAGCACCCCCACUGGACCAUAUGACCUGCCUCAAGAUUCCACUGGAGGAGAUGGAGAUGAGGGCUGCGGUGAGGGCUGUUCCCAAGGUUUGCCAGGUGUGCCAGGUAUGGCUGGUGCCAAGGGAGAAAAAGGAGACCAGGGCAAGCCUGGUGUAACCCCAUUGGACAGCUGUGACAUGUGUUUGGAGAGAUUGCAGAAGGAGCAGGCCACCCAGCCAGGGCUUUCACAGAAUCAUUGUUCGUGCACUGGAGCACCUGGGGUUCCAGGCGUACCUGGAUCACCAGGAAUAAAGGGAGAGCAAGGAAUAUCAGGAGACAGAGGCCAAGCUGGAAUGCCAGGAAACAUGGGACCCCCGGGUUUUCCAGGUCCUCAGGGUCCUUCUGGUUUACCUGGUCAACAGGGUGAGCGUGGGCCACCUGGACUCCCAGGACUGAAGGGUGAACAGGGGCCUCCUGGGACGUCUGGGUACCCAGGAAUCAUGGGACCACCUGGACUGCCUGGAUUGAAGGGUGAACGUGGGAACUCUGGAAGCAAUGGUCAGAAAGGAGAAUCAGGUCCUCCAGGGAAUCCUGGAUACCAAGGACAGGCUGGCUCACCGGGUAUUAAAGGAGACACAGGACCAGCAGGACCUGUUGGGCCCAAAGGGGAUCAGGGUUUCCAAGGACAACCAGGCUUCCAAGGGCAACCGGGUCUUCCAGGUCCCGCCGGCAAAGGUGGGAGAGAAGGGCUCCCUGGACUCAAAGGUGAAAAGGGAAAUGACGGAGCCCAAGGUUCACAAGGGCCAACUGGAGCCCCAGGCUCACCUGGUUCCCCUGGACUGAUGGGGCCUCCUGGCAUCGAAGGAAUAGAUGGUAAAGAUGGCAAACCAGGAUUACGGGGGGAGCCAGGUCCUCCAGGCCCUGCAGGACUACGAGGAAUACCAGGAUUCAAAGGGAAAACUGGCCAUGCUGGAUUCCCUGGACAGAAGGGUGAAGCUGGACCUUCUGGCCCACCUGGUCCUUCAGGCAGACCAGGACACGACGGUGAUCCUGGGAACCCAGGAGUUCAGGGACGACCUGGACCGCCUGGCUCCAUUGGUUCUACAGGUCCAGCUGGACCUCCUGGACCUCCUGGUCCAGCGGGAAUGGGCAUAAAAGGAGACAAGGGCCAGGCUGGAGAAAGGGGUCUGCCAGGGAUGCCUGGUUCCCCUGGACCACCCGGUCACCCAGGUGCCAUGGGAGAACCAGGCAGUGAUGGGGCUGCUGGUAAAGAUGGGACACAAGGCCCUGCAGGGGAGAAUGGGCAGCCAGGACAAAAGGGUGAGGCAGGGUCCCCUGGCCAGAGAGGACCUCCAGGAGAGAGAGGAAGACCAGGGCUCCCUGGUGGUGGAGGCUACCACUCCAAAGACGCACAGCCGAUGAUUGGACCAGUUGGCCCCAGAGGGGAGAGGGGAAGCCCAGGCUCAGCGGGACCCCCUGGUCCCCCAGGAACUCCAGGUUCACCAGGAAAUGAUGCAGUAGUCAAUUAUGAUGAAAUCAAGAACUUCAUCCGCCAGCAGGUCAUUAAAAUCUUUGAUGAGAGAAUGGCCUACUACAUGUCUCGCAUGCAGAUGCCAGUAGAGAUGGUAGCAUCACCAGGUCGGCCCGGACCUCCAGGGAAAGAUGGAACACCAGGUAAUCCUGGGGCACCAGGUUCACCUGGUAUCCCAGGACAUAUGGGCCGACAAGGCCGGACAGGAGCCCCGGGACCACCCGGACCACGGGGGCCACAAGGAGAGAAAGGAGAAAAGGGUAUUGGAGAGAUGGGAGAUGUAGGACCUCCGGGAGCACCAGGUGUCCCAGGCCCUCCAGGCUAUAGUAAGAUGGGGCCCCCAGGUCCUGUUGGUCAACAGGGUGUUCCUGGAAUUCCUGGCCCUCCUGGACAGGCUGGUCCAAAAGGAAACGAUGGUCGGUGUAAUCCUGGAGACUGUAUGAGCCACCAAGUCGAGUAUAGCCCCAAGGGUCCACCUAUGAAGGGCCCCUGGUAGAGAUCUAUGUAUGAGGGAGAGGGGACUGAAGCAAAGAGACUACAGAGAACAUGCAGCCAGAAGCCAUGAUCCAAAGUUAUGUUUGACCACAAGAUGAAAUAAAGGAGCUCCCUUUGUUGUUGAAUUGCACAGAUUUCCCCACACAAUUUCCACCCGAACAUGGAGAAAAAGAAAACCCACUAUUUUUUCCUAAGGGCCACGUUGGAACUUAAGCCUAUAAAGACACAAGCAGCAGAUUUUUUGAAUCACUUUAUUUCCCUCUUCCUGCUUAUUCAUUGCCAUAUUUGUUUUUUUGUUUUUCUUAAUUUGGUCUUACCUUCUUUUUUUUUUUGGUUUUUAGUUUAUACUCAGCUAUCAGUGCUCACUUUUUAGUCCUUCUGUAGGCUUUCAGUCAACAUAAGGUAUUUUGUUGUCCUUGAGUCAUUCUGACCACUUCUACUUUUUUACUUUUUACUUCUACAUUCUACAUUUUGUUUUAAACUUUAUUCAGAAAAAAAUGCCCACAAUUUUUAUGGCAUUCAGCUAUCUGUCUCCAAGAAAAAUACAUUUUUGAGCCAUUGCUUGUUGUUGUUUGUUUUACGCAUUGGUACGUGAGUAGUAAUACCUACUUUUAAUUUGUGUCAUCAAAGAAAAUCCCUCAAAAUUUAUUUUGAUUCUGCACAAAUGGGACAAUUCAUAUCCCUUUAAUGGAUUGACUGUUUUGUACAUAUUUAUAUUUAUAUAUAAUGGCUUUUUAUACUUUUUUUGUUUAUAAAGCAUUUGAUUAAAAUCAAAAGGCGUAAUUAUGGGACUUUUUUGUCAUCAUGGUUAUACAUAACACAAAUAUACUAAAGUGAUUUUUGUUAAAAGUUAAUAAGCUUUUAAAAUUGAAGAAUAUUGAAUGAUCAGUAAAAGACAACUUAUUUAUGGACGAAAUUUGAAUUUUAUGUUAGAAAGCAUUUGGGUUUUUGUGAUUUAUGUUGCUCAAGUUAAUUUUGUAUAAAUUACAGAUGCAGCCAUAUCUCAUUAAUUUUUUCUAACCUAGACAUUCACCUGCAUCAUCAUUCACUUCUUACCUAAAUAAGAACAAAAAAUUUAGGCUAUUAGCUACAAAUACUGUAAUAUUACAAACCAAGCAAGGAUACCUCAUAAUCUCAUGGCAACAAAGAAAUUUUGAACAAAUCUUAGGUACAUUGCACAUUGUAUUUGAGUUAACAAUUACAUAUUUUAUAACAAUUUAUAAUAAUUGUAUUUAUAAAGCACUUUUAAGGAGUUUCAACAGACCUAAAUUCAACAAGACAUGAAAUUAUAACCGUUUAAAAAAAUCAUUUUCUUCUGAAAUGUAUAACAUUUAUCAACUACACUGUCAUAGCUGAACCUACGUUGAAGAACGGCAAAUUUAUAACUACAAGCUGCACUCACACUCUUCUAAACAAGCAUCCCCACACCAUGAGGAAUGUGAACCCUAAACCAAAUUGUAAUUGUUACGUUGUGUAAACUGCUGUUCAAGUAGUGCCACUAUUUUCCAUCGAUUUGCUCAACUUUUGUAUGUGUUUUCUUUUUGUCUUGCUGUCAUUGUUUUCUAACCCAUGAAGUGCCUGUGUUUUUUGAUAUAUAAAUGUUUGAGAGGGUUAAAAAGAUACAUUUUGAAAGCAGAA